UUUUCUCACAAGAUUCAGACUUGUGUAUAUAAUUAAAUCCUAACGUUGAUAUCAAAAUUUGUUAAACCACUUUUAGAAUGAACAAGUUUUCGCUUAUGUUACUGGUUUCGUUUCUAUUCACUAGCUUUGGACAAGGUCUUGUGAGUUGUAUUGAGGCUGGAGCAACACCCCUCAGUGAUCAAUGUCAAAGGGAAAUUGAUUGUCAUGGAAAAUGUAAUCUGGGAGCAAGAUGUAAGCUAGGAGCAUGCAUUUGUAAUGAACAGAUGGAUAAUGUUCUUCACUGCAGUAGAGAUCUUGAGUGUAAUUUAAAAUGUCCAGGCAGAGGUGGAUUCUGCAACACGGCUCAAGGAGUGUGUGAAUGUCUCAAAUUGAUGAGUGAUCUCUCAAACGAAACUUGGGAUUCUGCAACGUCCACGAACCUGUGACUUGUGAGUGUCUCAAGUGAAGUCACUGAACAAAAUGAAGUCGCAUGUAACUACAGUGAUCUACCGUAAUGUGGUGACCGGAUACACUAUUAGAUAAAUAUAACUGUUUUGUUUAUUUAUAAUUAAAACGAAACCGUAGCAAAAUUUAAUAAUUUUAAAUGUAACAAACAAAUUCUUUU